UAUGGGAUGUCCGAUACGGUGAAAGUGUAAACUAAACUCAAAACAAAACAAACUAAACGUUAUUUGUUAGGUUACUUGUAAAAAAAGUUUAUUGUAUUUUUAAAUGUAUCCAAGUAUUAAUAAAACCUUUCUUACUUAUUUUGACAAAUAUUGAGAACACUGUAUUUACUAUUUUGGUUAAUCCUCAUCAAUACUUGUUAAAUAUUUGGAUUUGGAAAAAGAUUAGGCUACCUACUUUGACGGAACCGGUAUGGAAUAAUUUUGAGCAGUUUCUGAUGUUGGUAUUUAUUCAAGCACUUUGAAGAAGGUAUUUAAUAAAUAAUUCUCUGACCAGAGCUCGGGUUGAGCUGAUGGAAAUUGUAUAAAAUGUUUGAAUCCAUCUACACACAGAAAAAGCACAAGUUUCUCAAGCCUGGAGAAAAUCCUACAUGGGAGGAAGACAGAACCGACGUCGACACAAAUGAAAAAACGAAAUUCAUCUACAAUGCUAACAUUUCGCUGUCGUUGGAGCUGCAGAGACAGAGGCUGCCUAUCUACCACUGUCGCAAUCAACUACUCUAUCUAUUGGAAAAUUAUCAAACUGUAGUUCUGGUCGGUGAAACAGGAUGUGGAAAAAGUACUCAAAUUCCACAGUACCUGUUGGAGUCAGGCUGGUGCCAGGAGGGCAAAGUGGUGGGGGUGACUGAGCCGCGUCGUGUGGCAGCCAUCACGCUGGCGAGUCGAGUCGCCGAGGAAUCUGCCACCGAACUGGGUCACGUGGUCGGCUACAGUGUGCGCUUCAACGACUGCUUCCAUCCCAAUCAAACAAAAAUCAAGUACAUGACUGAGGGAAUUCUAAUGCGAGAAAUGAUGGCGGAUCCUCUUCUCAGAACAUAUUCAGUUAUUGUUGUUGACGAGGUACAUGAACGUACUCUAAAUACUGAUAUCAUUCUAGGACUUCUUAAGAAAAUUAUCCGUAAACGACGUGAUCUCCGUAUUAUAGUCACAUCGGCAACUGUCGAUGCAGAAAAACUGAGAGACUUUUUCAACCACACUAAAGGAACAGCAAAACAAAAAGAUUCAUCUGUGAUAAUGAGUGUUGAAGGGAAACUGUACCCUGUCGAUGUAUUCUUCUCAAAAGAACCGGUUCCGGACUAUGUACUGGGAGCCGUCAAUGUAGUCUUGGAAAUCCACGCCAAAGAAGAAAAUGGUGACAUUCUUGUUUUCCUUACAGGAAUGGAUGAGGUGAAAAGAGCAGUGUCAGCUUUAAACGAUGCUGUCGCUGAUGGAAGAAAGUCGUUCAAAUCAAGAAAUGAAUUGAUGGUUUUGCCUAUGUACGGAUCUCUAUCGAAUAACGACCAGCUGAAGGUUUUCAAGCGCACUCCCAACAAUUACCGGAAAGUUGUGGUGGCCACCAACAUUGCUGAAACCUCCAUCACUAUUCCCGGCAUUGUUUUCGUUGUGGACUGUGGAUUUGUGAAGACUCGCUUUCUGAACUCAAAAACCGGAUUUGAAACACUGACUGUUGUUCCGAUUUCGCAGGCAGCUGCCGAGCAGAGGGCGGGUCGCGCGGGUCGUGUUCGCCCCGGUAAGGUCUACAGGUUGUACACUGAACGGGACUUUGAGAGGCUGCCGCUGAGCAGCCCGGCAGAGAUGCAGCGCUGCAGUCUGAUUGGUGCAGUGGUGCAGCUGAAAGCACUGGGUAUCGACAACGUGUUGCGAUUCUCGUUUCCAUCGGCGCCCCCCGCACGCAACCUCCUCCUGGCACUGGAGCUGCUUUGCGCCUUGGGUGCACUCAGCGCUGAGGACGGCGCACUCACCCGGCCGCUCGGCAUUCGCUUGGCAGAGUUCCCCCUGUCGCCGCUGCAUGCCAAGGCGCUCAUAGCCGCUGGUGAAGAGGGUUGUUCUGAGGAGAUGGCAAUUAUUCUAGCAGUGAUGCAAGUGAGAUCUCUGUUCAUUGAACCCUCGUCAGGUGCCGAGCGAAUAAAAGCUCGAAUCGAACACAACAAAUUCGAGGCUGAAGAAGGCGAUCUUCUGACCUGGCUGAACGUGUUUUCGGCGUACAACAAAAUCGCCGAGAAAGAAUCGAAGUCGUGGUGCAGCCGACACUACAUCAAUCACAGGGCAGUGAGGCGAUCACUGGAGAUCAAGGGGCAUCUGCUGGGUUUGCUGAACAAAUUCGAUAUUCCGGUGGUGUCCUGUCGGGGGGGCGCAGACCGAGUGCGGAAGGCUGUGACGGCCGGCUUCUUCGCGAAUGCGGCCUACCUGCAUCAUUCCGGCAGCUAUCACUGUGUGCGCGGCGACUUGCCCUUAAAAAUCGACCCUUCGUCUGUGCUCUACAAUCAGAGUCCGCAUAAAUGGCUAGUUUUCUGUGAACUUGUACAUACCGACCAGAUGUAUAUGAAAGAUUGCUUAGCUGUGGAGCAGGAAUGGCUUCUGACUACUGCCCCUCAUUUCUAUCAUGUCGACUAUAAAACCAACUGAUUACCACUUUCAUAAAGGUUUCUAUGACUUUUUCAAAUACCAUGUACAUAUAAAAUGUUUUAUAUUAUAGUUUUUUAAUAAAAUGUUGGGAUAAUUGUGU